AUGCAGGAUUGUCAAAUAGCUUAUUCAACAUCUCGUCGGCCAAUCAUGCAGGCAAUUCGUAUAGUACAUCUGUUCAGUGGAACUAUCGGUCUUAUAGUUUCCACUAUUUUCAUUGCUGUGUUGUGUUCGAGAUCAUCCCGUAAUAUACAUGUUAAUAUGAGAUUAUCCUUGAUAAGUAUGACUGUGGCUGCUUGGGUAGCAUGUUUUCAGCUAAGUUUUAUAGCUUCUUACAAUCUCAUCAACUUACUUUCGAACGAUGAGCCAUGCUCAGCUCUAACCAAUGCAUAUUGGUGUGCUACGGCAAGGUAUCCAAUAGUCUUAGCAAUUUACUCAACCCUGAUAGCCAUUAUUGUAAUUGCAAUUGAAAGAACUAUUGCCACAAUUAAGUAUAGAACUUAUGAAGUUCAUGGAUCCCGAUGUGUGGCCAUCUCUCUCAUUUCAGCUCAGUGGUUUUUAUCCAUUCUGUUGGCUUCAAGUAGUACGUAUGCCAGGACGGACUCAGGAUACUUACAUCAUUGCUCUGUUUAUAUAUCUCAUCCAAAAUCAGCGGUUAUUUCCUUGUCAACAAUGUCAGUUUUGGAGAUUUUCACUUUGUUCUUUCUCGUGCUUCUACAGCACCGAAAUGAACAAAAACAAAUCCGAGAGUUUGUGAACAACGCAAUGCAUACAUUAACUGAAAGAUAUCAGUUGCAGGAAAACGUAAAAAUUAUGAGAGUUAUCAUCCCCUCCAUCGCGGUUCAUACCGUUUUAAGCCUAUGUGGAGUGAUAUCAAUGCUGGUCUUCACCUUACUGACCGGUCCGGAUGAAUAUGGGAUGUCUGCUAAGUUUGCUCCUUUCUCGGAGACAGUUCUUCUAGUUGUUCCUCUACACUCUGUUGUUUUCCCUCUAGUUGCAAUACUCAAGAACAAACAGCUUCGUCAUGCAACAGGGAGAGUUCUGCCUUGGUUGUUCCCAUAUAAUAAACGACGAAACAUUGUUGAGUUAUCUGAGAGCUCUCCUGAAUCCGGUCCUUUAACCUCUCGGUUCAGUGCUCAAGUUGAUAAGGAUGGAGAUGUACAUUUCAACAUGCUUAAUGAAAUGUGGAAAAAAUAA